AUGGUUGCAUUGGACAGAAAGAGAAAGGCUUCACCUUCAUCAAAUGGUACUGCCAAAAGAAUUAGAUCCACUAAUUCCAAUGUUUUACAUUCAUAUUCCCGAUUGCCUGAAAUCAAUUCCAUCGGUAAACCCAAAUCAACUAAAUUAGACGUAUUUGUUUGGGGUACUGGAUCGAUCUGUGAAUUAGGACUUGGUCCUUCUGCCAAAAACAAAGAAGUAAAGAGACCCAGACUCAACCCAUAUUUAACUUCAGAAGCCUUAAAAGGUGAAAGUAUUGUUGAUUUUGCUGUUGGUGGAAUCCAUACUUUAGCUUUAGCUUCUAAUAAUGAAUUAUGGUCUUGGGGUGGUAAUGAUAGUGGAGUUUUAGGUAGGGAUACUUCUAAAGCCAAAGAAGUGUUGAAAGAUAUGGAUGCUGAAGAAAGUGAAGAUGAAGAUGGUGAUUUGAACGAAGCUGAAUCCACCCCAGGGAAAGUUGAAGGUUUACCUUCUUCAACUAUCGUGCAAUUAUGUGCUACUGAUAAUUUGAGUGCUGUUUUGUUAGAAAAUGGGGAUGUUUGGGCUUGGGGAUGUUUCAGAAACAAUGAAGGGCUCUUAGGGUUCUUAAGAGAUGAAAUCAAGAUCCAAAAAACACCAAUGAAGAUUGCUGAAUUCAAAAAUAUCGUUCAAUUGGCUGGUGGUAAAGAUCAUAUUUUAGCUUUAGACUCCAAGGGGAUUGUUUGGGCCUGGGGUAAUGGUCAACAGUUCCAAUUAGGAAGAAAGAUCCUCGAUAGACAUAGAUAUAGAGCUUUGGAACCUCAACAAUUCGGUCUUUAUAACAUCAAGUAUAUUGCCAGUGGAGAUUUCCAUUGUUUCGCUAUUGACCAUGAUAGUCAAGUUUAUGCUUGGGGAUUGAACCAAUACGGCCAAUGUGCACUCACUAACUCCAAGGGAGAGUUAGAAGAUGAAUCCUUGAUCACCAAACCAACAGUUAUUCCUCAAUUAUCCGAUUUAGGAAUCGUACAAAUUGUAGGGGGUGAACACCAUACUUUAGCUUUGGAUAACAAUGGUCAAGUUUGGGGCUGGGGAAGAUAUGAUAUGAAAGAAGUUGGUAUUCCUAAAGAUAAAUUACCAGACUCUACCUUCAAGGACCAACAUGGAAAUGUUAGAGCUAUCCCCGUUCCUACCAAGUUAAUUAUUGGUGCUGACAGUGUCAAAUGUAAAACCAUUGGUACUGGAUCACAUCAUUCCUUCGCUGUAACUGAAGAUGGAAUGGUGUUUUCUUGGGGUUUCGGUGAUACUUAUGGUCCUGGUUUAGGUCCUUUAGAUGAUGACGUUGAAAAACCAACUAGAAUCGUCAACACUGCCACCAAGUACCAUGAUAUCACUCUCAUUGGUGCUGGAGGUCAGUUCUCCGUCAGUGGAGGUGUUAAAAUAGAUGAUGAAGAUAAGGGAGAAGAUAGAUUAGAAAAGUAUGAAGACCUUGAAUAG